GAGUAAAACCGUACCUGUGCACUAUGGCGUUCCGUCCCAAAAUUCCGUCCAAGUUGCUGACUGUCUUGUUAUUCGCAAUAACACUCCGGAACACUGUUCGGGCAACAGUGUAUAUGUCAGAACGCUGUGAUGACGUUUUUACGAUACCCGGAGAGCGUCUGGCGUCACAGAGAGAUGCUGCGUAUAGUGAGGACAUGGACUGCACGGUGAAGAUAGAAGCACCUGAGGGCAAAAUGAUCAGUGUUCAGUUUGAAUGGCUGGAUAUUGAAGCUCGUUCGGUGUCGUCUUGUUACGAUUAUUUAGACGUAUUUGAUGGACCGAGUACGUAUUACUCCCCUCACAUACUGAGGAUAUGCGGUACUUCGACACCGGGUGAUCUACAGUCAACUGGCGACUCCCUGACAAUACGAUUGAAGACUGACGCCACUGGGAAUAGACGGGGAUUUUCCCUGAUAUUUACCGCUUUCGGUACAGGCACAUGUGAAGGCGAAGACGACUUUUCUUGCGAUGGCCACUGUAUUGACAAAUCAUUGGUCUGUGACUGUAACUACAACUGUAUCGACAAGGAGGACGAGGUCGACUGUCCGCCAUGUAAAGCCGAACCGAUCGACAGUACAGCGGGCCUAUCAGUUUGGGAUAUCAUUGUUGUCGUGGUUGGUACUCUCAUCUUUGUCGUCAUUGUCACGAUUCUCGCUGUUUACGUUUAUCUCAGACUGAAUAAGAUGAAAAAGCGAAACAAAAUAACAGAUGCUGAUAUGACCACGUCUACUGUAACCAUGACAACACAUGUAGAUGAUAACGAUGGAGAUACCCACUCGUCUGAUUCCUUGUAUCAUUCGUUGCCAGGGGAUGACCAUGUUGAGAUGAAUAAAUUACCUGGUCCAACGAUUGAAUUCAUUCUACCAUCAGCCACGAGCAGCACCGCUUAGAUAAGAUGUGUGAAUACAGUAUAUUCAUUACAAAA